AAUCACGAACAACAUUCAAACCUCGCCAUAACCUUCUCUACACGCCCUAAAUAUUCGCACAACACACCAUCUUCCGGAAAAAUGGACAAGCAGCUUGAUCUCUGCUUCGAUCGCGUCGAAAAAGCGUUAGGCACUCUUGUCGACUCGAUCUCGAAGUACCAUCCAUCUGUGCAUCAAGUUAAUGACCUAGGUCUCGCUGACAUCGAGCUGAACAAGGGCCUGGAAGACCUACAAACCCACCAAUCCAACUACCGCCGCAUACAAGACCUGCGCACAGCAACCGCCAGCUUCGACGCCCAGAUCAAGGACACCUUACGCCUAUUAGCCAACACGCGAAAAGAGCUCGUCGGCGCGCCCGCCACCGUGUUUCCGUCCGACAUUCCUAGCUAUGACAUCAACUACGAUGAGCUACUCGCUUACGCGCGGCGCAUUAGUAAGACUACCAUGCCUCCCGCCGGUAUCAUGUCCGCAGACAUCACACAAGCAAACUCAGGAGCCGAGACCGGUGUCGCAACCCCCGCCGACGGGAUAACCCCCAACGGCGCCCCAGCACUACAAACCAACGGCAUCUCGCAACCCGCAGAUCCCUCCGCGCAGCCCAACCCCGCCGUAACAACCACAACAGGCGACGCCAACCCCGCCGCGCUCCCGGAAGAGCUGCAAUGGCGUCUAAACCCCUACAACGGCUUCGCCUUCUUCCCGUGGCCCUCAGAAGAGCAAGUUCGCCAGGGUUCCCUCGUUUCUCUCGCCUUCCUCUCCGAGCAAGGCAUCGACCCGGAGGACUACGACCCGGAGCUCGAGAAGCAGCGCAAGAGGCAAGAAGAGGAAGAAGCGAAGGCGGCGCAGGAGCGGGAACGACUGGAGAGGGAAGAGCGGGAGCGCAGGGCGCGGGAGGAGCAGGCGCGUGUGCGGGCCGAGCGCGAGAGGGAGCAGAGGGAGGCUUGGCGGCGCGCGAGCAUUUCCGGCGGAGGCGCCGGCGCGGGUGGCGGGCCUGGGUUGGCGAGUUCGCCUGUCGGGGGCGAGAAGAAGCAGUUUCAGUUUAUGGCGGAUGAUGACGAGGAUGAUGAUGAGUAGGGGGGUGCUGCUAGCUAGCUAUAUGCCGAUUGUAAGAAUCGGUCACUGCUACGUAUGCCUGGUAGUGGUAUUAAGGGGGUCUGGCGAUCUUUCGGCAUUUGAGUAGAAGGCAUUGCUCAUAUGUGAUAGGUCCUCGCUGGUUAGGAAGUACGAAUUAAAAUUAAUUCAAAAAUUCCAG